UGGCAAUAUCUUUCUGAUAUAAAGAAAAGGCAGUAAAAAGAAGACGGCAUGCUAAAGUUGGCGGGUUUUUGUCUUGGUCUUGGUAUGAAUGGGAUAAGAGACAGAGACAGCGGUGACAGCAGCUGACCCUGUGGCUUCUGUUUCAGACAACAUGUGAGGAAUGCCAUAGCUCGCACACUGAAACACACACACAAAAGCAAGGAAACACACACGCAAAGCAAGACAGAAGCCCCGUUUAUACCUGGUGCUAACAUGCGUGCCGUGUCUGGAAAAUGUCCACAUUCGAUUUACCCACAUUUUCAGACAGGUGUAGAUGAUUAAAAUACGCAUUGUGAACGGAUUGUGAUCCCGAUUUCACAAGUGUAAACAGACUAGAUCAAGAAAAGAUCAGGACGAAGGACGCAUGUAAGUGUCAGGUAUAAACGGGGCUAAAGAGUCACCCUAGUGUGAACACUGCUUGCUACCCUCCUCUCUCUCUUACUCGCUUGCCGCUAGCUCUCUCUCACUCACUCACUCAGUAUCGCUUCAUCUCUCUAGCUCUCUCCCUCUCUCUCUCUUUUUCACACUCUAUCGCUGAGCUCUAACGGUUGGAUACAGUGCAGCGGACUUGAGGAGAGUGCUCUUUUCUUCUUCUUUGGCAUUUCCUUUCUGCCUCUCUCCCUCACGCGCUGUUGAUUUAGAUCAGGUCCUUAGGGUGAGGAUGUAUUUGUGUCAAGCUGCUACAAAGGAAGAGUAAACAAAGAGUAAACAUUGACUGAACGUAGGAACAGGAAAGACCCUCCUUUAUAGGCUCAACAAAGGUUGCUCACCGGACAGCAGCAGCAAUGUGAUUGUUUGGGUCAGAGAGCAGAUGAUGUCCUGGUACAGCUAAAGCAGAGAAUCUCCCCUCCUGUCCUCUGUCCUAUAUGAGGACCCGAAGAUGACUGUCACCAGCCGGCAGUCCUUCAAUGUCCUGACGGUCAUCUUCCUCCUGCUGUCCACCGCAGCUCUAUCAGCUAAUUUCAGAGUGUGUGAACCAUAUUCCGACCACAAGGGGCGCUACCACUUUGGUUUCCACUGCCCUCGUCUCUCUGACAACAAGACCUACAUGUUCUGCUGUCACCACAACAACACAGCCUUCAAGUACUGCUGUAAGGAGACUGAGUUCCAGACGGUCAUGCAGGUCAACCUCACCACCACCACAGACGGCUUCAAACACAAUAACUACACAGCCCUGGUAGGAGUGUGGAUCUAUGGCUUCUUCGUCAUGGUGCUGCUAGCCCUGGACUUCCUCUACUACUCGGCCAUGAACUAUGAGCUGUGUCGGGUUUACCUGGAGAAGUGGGGUCUGGGAGGGCGCUGGCUGAAGAAGGCUAGGAGCCAGUGGCACCGGCCGGUCCCAGGAGAGGAGAGUGAGACCCAGAACCAGGCCCAGGGUCACCCCAUGGCCCUCAGCCACCACCACCCCAGACACAGCCUCCGAGGCGAGGGCCAGAGCCCCACGCUCCUCCCCUACCACACACCGACCGUCUGAGUGAAGCUGCAAGAGGAUGAAUGAGUAGAAGAGUAGAGAGCAGCGACGCCGGGCAGAGGAUAGCACGGCUCAGACACCUGUCUCUGUCUGGCUGGAUUAUUGACACAGUAACGUACCACAGGGUGGCUGGCCCUACGGAAGCUAGUGGCUAGUUAGCAGUUCCUGCUCACCUCCAUUCCUCUGAGCUCCUACACACAGGGCUAUGGAGGAUAGAGUAUGACGAAACGUCUAGACUACGACAGAAGGCCCAGGUGGAUGGAGCUGCUGCUACCCAAACACUGCUAAGGAACAGGCCACAGGCACUGAAACUGACCAUGUAUACCCCUGCAUGGGCGGGGACUGUUCUAAUAAGAAACCAAUGGAGACUUGAAAUGAACUGGAUAAAAUGAUGUUACAGAAGAGGGGGCUUUGUUUGAUUUGUGUGUUUGAGUGUUGAUUGCACUUGGUUGCUGUGUGGGGUUAAGUUCAGUAGUAGUCAGAAGAAGUUGUGGGAGUACUGUAUCUAUUGGGGAUUCAUUUAAAGUAAACUAGUCAGGGACUUUCUAUGAGUGGUAAACAUCCUAGACGAUUCACCAUGGAGGUUGACGCUGAGCAUCUUGAAGACAGACAACACUAUUUUGCUUCAGCGACAAGUGACUCACCUGAAUCGAGAGAUAUCUCUAUUCUACAGUGUCAGCCUGUCUUCAGAAAAGGCCUUUGUGUGUAUUUUGUGAUCUUAUUAUUUUUCUAAUUAAACAUAAGUUGGUGAAGUUUCCUCUACUACAACCUUCACAAA